GCGACUCUGACCACUAGCGAAGGAGAGCUGAGGUUAUUCGCAUACGACUGUACAGAUGUAAGUAAAAAGCAGAAGCGCGCACAUGAAAUCCCACAGGCCAAUACCCUUACCCGAUUCAACGGGUCAGGAAUCUAAGCGAUCCACGCAACAACCGUCGAAAGCGCAACAGCUGCAGCAGCCAAUGCCAUCGCAGCAAAGCCAACAACAGCAGCAACAGCCUGACAAUGCUACGCCGCAAGCUCAAGAUCAUCAACAACAACUGCCCGCGAGUAUUAGCGACAACAGCGCCAAAAAUACAGCACAUUUAUGUCAUAAUCCUACGAGGCCCCCAUAGGACAGGAUUCAAGUAAUUAAACUUAAGCUACCUUAACGAAGGCUGUAACGGUACUGUAGGAAAGUAAUAUGAUCGCGCAUGGUACAUAAACCAGGCUCUAAACGAUCGCGAUCGUCGCACAAUCAUUACGUUGUGGGAAUAUCUUUUUACGAGUCCUUUGCUUACAAUGGGGCAGGUUGCGUGAGUAAACUUCCAAGAUAGAUAGUUUCGAAAAAAACGGAAAUAUCUCCCGCUAUGCGAAACUGUGCAAGAGAGCGUGACUGGUAAGUUUGUCCAGUCAGUAAACUAGAUGGUUUUAUGACACUCAUAUGGAAUAUGUAUCGUAAUCGGCCGUUCAGGAAAAAAGAAAAAGACAACACCUACCGUAAGUGGCAACUAAGUACGAGGAGUUGUAGAACUCGUAGGGUUUAAUGGCGCAGCGAUAGAAGGUAUUUAAUUAUGCAAUCAUAAUUCGAGCUCUCUGUUCAACAAGGAGACAGGGUACCGAUCGUAAACAUCUUCCUUAGCGUGGAAGACGAGAUGUCGGCAUCAGUGUAAGAAAAAAACGGUCAGUGUCAUUGAAAAAUGAAGCAAAUUUACAGACUUUGCGUUUUGUUGAAAAAAAAGGUAAACGCGAUCGUUUAACAUUGCCUAAAAAAAUCAAACACAACUUGAUAAGUAGAUGUACGAAAACGUAUGUUCGCAACAAUGAGUGCUAAAUCAACAAAACUGAAAAGGAUUGACGUGCACCUACAAUAAGCGCUCUAACGAUUAAACGCGAUUUCAGUGUACCUAUUUAUUAUGCACGUGAAAUGUUCCCAGAUUGUGCCACAAGACAUUACUGUUACCUGUUGCUCUUCCGCAAUUAAAAAAAAAAAUGUUUUAAGUUGUUUUCUCUUUCCAUUAUAUACAACCGGGAUCAGUUUACAUGUGACGGUAUUAUUUAGGAUUUUGU